UGACGUCAUCUCUAGUGGCCCGCUACGUCCUCGGCUUGACUAAAGAAGCUAAACAAGGCGAAGUCGCCGCGACUGUUUUUCUUUUUCUUUUUUUUUCCUUUCGCGACGCCGCAGACCGACCGACUCCGGAGGUGGCGAUGGCGGCGCAGCGCGCAAAUCGCACGGCUACGCGUUAGGAUAACGGCCGGUGCUCGGCUCGACGUUCGGUCGGUGAUUCGGACGCCCGCUUGGGAAUGCGCGACACUUAACGCAAGGGAGCCGCUCCAGCCGGCUAGCGAGAAAAGUAGCUAGCCAGCUAAGCUAACCCGAGGAGGCGACUUCUUCUUUUGUUUUGAGACGCUUUCUGACGGGUCGGUGUGUGUGGGGGGGGGAAACGUGUCGGCGCUUCGCUAGCGUAAGUUGGCACUUAAACAUCCGACGCGGAGGUGGGGUGGGGGGGGUGUAGCGGUAGGUACCCGAAAACUGUUGAUUGUUUUGAGACGUAAUUGUUCGAAGCGCAGAAGAAGAAGAAGAAGAAGAAGAAAUAGCGACCGGGUAAGAAUUUGGCCAUCGAGCAAGUUUUGGCAACGCGUAGAAACAACGCGAGUUGCCCGGACUUGUCGGCGAGUCGCCAAGCCCGGGGGACCGAAGACGGGAAGGGGAAGAUUAUGGGAAACUGUCUGAAAUCCCCGACUUCGGACGACAUCUCUCUGCUUCACGAAUCCCAGUCGGACAGGGCAAGUUAUGGGGACGGGACCGAUCUAGAUUUGGAGCCGCCUCCGCCCUACCAGGAACAGGCUCACAUGCCCAUGUACCAUCCCACCCCUAGUCAGGCUCGCCUGGCCACCCAGUUGACGGAAGAGGAGCAGGUCCGCAUUGCUCAGCGCAUAGGCCUCAUCCAGCACCUCCCGAAGGGGGUGUACGACGGAGGCCAAGACGGCUCGGAGAAAAAGAUCAGAGAGUGUGUGAUCUGUAUGUUGGACUUUGUGUACGGGGACCCCAUCCGGUUCCUGCCUUGUAUGCACAUCUACCACAUGGACUGUAUAGAUGACUGGCUGAUGAGAUCCUUCACCUGCCCCUCCUGCAUGGAACCUGUGGAUGCCGCCCUGCUCUCCACUUAUGAGACCAACUGAUUCUCCACUCACCCCCCUUCACCCAUCCCCCCAUGCUAAGAACAACCCAGCCCCCUUCCCUUCCCUCCCACCCCUCCAAAACAUACAGACAACUGCCCUCUUGUAAACUGAGGAGAGCGGCAAGUUAUGUUGUGUGUUGACUAAACGAAAGGCUGUUCUGUUACUAGUGGUCACUAUCCCAACAAAAUCACUCAAAGAAUGUCGGCACUCUGUCCCCUGACAUCUGACACUAAAAUUGGCAGGUGUGCGUUAAUGCAGCAAUUAUGCCAGGAUCAAACUACACGAAUUCAGCCACGUUUUGACAUGAUUUUGUCGGCGCUGACAAGUUUCCAGUGUCGGGCCCAAAUAUGAAAGUCGGCAAUGACGAAUGGGCGUCUUUACCCCUUGUAGUGUGACGUAAUCGAAGAACAGCGAUGUGGCGUCUGGGACGCCCCACGACACCCCAGUGAAAAGUCUAGCGUGUCAGAAUUUUUUUGUAUUUUCCUGCCUAGUUUAACAAACUCCUACAAUGUUUUCCUUGACGUUGACCAGUAGGAUGACAGUGCUGUCUGGUCCACAUAGUAUGUAUGCUGCUGUUGCUGCUGUCAGGUGGAACAACACAACUGAGGAACAUGUUAACACAUUCGUUACCUCAAGUUCUCAUUGAAGGAUAGACAGCCCAUACUGUCUUCUUCGUGACACCGAGGAAUGGGUCCACAAUCUUUUUUUUUUCUUUUUUUCUUCGGAACACAAGAUCGCCUGCAUCACACAUAGCGCUUCUGUAGCCAUGAUUGACCAUUUCUUGACCCUCCUCCCUGAUGACCUAUGAACUCGGGCAAGGUCGUGAAAGGCAGCAUACGAUGAUUGGUUGGGGUCAUGCUUGAGGUGUUGCCAGUCUCCCGGCAAGGACACGGCAAGAAUUUAUGGCACUAUGAUUGCUUAAUCUGACAUGGUGACCAUAGUGAAAGACAGAAAUAUCGUGUAGUCUGAUCCCGGCGUUAGAUGAAGUCAGAACGGGAUCGGGUUAAGUUGUAACUAUUAAGUGCUGAAGUGUCGUUCGGUGUCGCAGCUUGAUGGCUGGGUCACACUGUCCUGGCGGGGUGUUGGGGUCGGAAUGGCUGUAAUUGCCACUUGAGCCGGUCUCAGUGGUGUAGUGGAGUAGUCAUUUAUUGGGAAGAUACGGCUACCGACUAAUUUUACCAAAUUUUAUCGUUUGGUGUGGUGACGGAUUGAUUUUAAGGCCUCAAAUGGCAACAGUGAGAGGAGACCUUGCCGUUAGGGUCAUGUCUUCUCAACAUGCUUUCACUGGAAAAAAAAACAAACAAACAAAAAACAGCUCUGCACUUUGCUGAUGUGGGUGUAAAGAUUGAGGUUUAUGCUGGUGGCGUUAGAUAAAGAAGACAUUUAGCCUAAUAUUGUUAGUCAGGACUGCAUCAACAGUACGUGCACACAGUGCAGUCGUCACCCAAAGUCCAUUCUCGGCUUAGACCAGUUAACAGUGGCUGUUCAGCAUAUGUCUGAUGGAGGUCAAGGGUACAUGACUUUUGUCGACGCCAAUAUUUUCCAUUGGAAGGCAAUAGCUCUGCAGCCGCUCAGAAUGACCAGAGCCAGUGAAUUCUUAAAAAAAAAGAUUGCCCCCCUCCAAACUGAGGGGGGGGGCAACACAUUUUGAAUUGUCAUGGUGUAAGGUUAACGGGGUUUACCGACAAGAGUUUACCGGCAGAGUUUCAAAGGAGCUGGAAGCCAAUAUAAAGGGCUCAUUUGUGCAUGGACGGGCAGAUCAGUCUAAAAUUACAAACGCUUGCACACACGUUUAUCUGAUUCAGAGAUUUGCACUUUACUUAUAUAAUAAUAGCGGAAACAAUAUUAAUAUAUAUCUAUACCUAUAACCUUGCACUAUCAGUAGCCUGUUUCUUCCCUUUUGUUUCUUGCAGUGCAGAACUUUGCGUCGAUGAAGCUGUUGUCAGUGGCGUCAGUGGUCGCGUGUCACGGUGUCGUGUGAGCCUCCGGUCCGUUCUGCUUGUCUUGAGCUCAUCGUUUGGUGUGUAACGGGAGGGACAGACAUUUGUUCCAGCUUGACAAAAGUAGGCUUGGUUUUGUUUUGUUUUUUUUUUUAGAAAUGGAGAGUGUUGUUACCCGUUUACUGUUGAAUCCUCUCGGACAGUCGGUGAGACACGACAUUCUGUAUUGCUGUCAUGUUAAACUAUGAUUUAUGGUUUUGUUGCUUUACUGGAGCGUAGCAAAGCCGACUGCGGUGGGUGGUUUUUAUUCCGAUUUGUGGCGUUGUCUAGUGAUGCCGUGGCUAUCCUUUUCUUUGUUACCGUUUUCCAUUGCCCUCUUCGCUUUCGUUUGGCUGUAGCUGUAGUUGAUUCUGUUGUGUAUCUAGGAGAUUUAACCACCUUGGAGUUUUGGGCCCUUAACGCCGAUUCAAGUCCGACUAUGCAAACCUCUGUCCGACCAGGUUCCAGAGUGAACGAGAGAUGGUUUUUUGGAAGCAACAAGUCACGUCUGAGAUGACAGUCUGUCGAGGUUUCUUUUGCAGUGUCUUUCCCCCCACUGGAGAUAAACUUAUUCUGGACUCUGAAAAUUAAUGUUAUGCACCAUACUUUUUUUUUGUUUGUUUUGUUUUUUUUUGUUUGUUUUAAACGCUAACUAGUCCUCAUGUAAACAUAAUAAAUCUGAAAGCACACACAUUCCCAAUUGUCUUCUUACAAUAAAGAAUAUGUGGUCGUCCGCUAAUGAAAA